AUGGCUGGCAGCCCGCCCAAGCCACCGCCUCCGACCUUCGCCGUCGGCUCCUCCUCGCCCAAGCCGCCGCCUGCGACCUUCACCGGCCACCCCUCCUACGAGGAGCUCAUCGACUCCUACCUGCGCCACCGGAUCGUCUCCGGCACCAAGGUGAGCGACUUCAUUCACGAGGCGGACCUGUAUGCCGCGGACCCGGACCUGCUCACCAGCCAGUACUCGCCGGCGACUGCGGACGAUGGGGAGAGGACGUGGUACUUCUUCACGACGCUGCGCCCCAGGGCCCCCUCCAAGAAGCACAAGAAGCGCAAAGUGGACACCGGGAGGGAGGGAAGCUGGGCCAACAACGGACCCAAGACCACCGUGUUCUCCUACCGCGGCGGCCGCCGGCAGUGGAUAGGACAGCAUCAGACCUUCGCCUUCAUGGAGAAAGUGGACGGCAAGCGUGUACGUUCGGCAUGGCGCAUGGUGGAGCUCAGCCUCGACUCCGAUGAAGGCGGCCAAGAAGCGGGCUCCUCGAACCUUCUUGUCUUGUGCAAGGUGUACCGCAACCCGAAUGCCAGCGUAGACGACGAGAGUUCUAUGGCGGUGGCGGUGGCGGAAGCGGACGGCGAGGGCCCCGCUGCGUCUGCAGUGGUGACGCCUGGACGCGAGGACGCGGACGAGGAGAUUGGUGCGGAGACGGCGGCGGGGCCUGGGCGUAAGAGGAAGGCGGGCGACAAGGACUCUGGUGCGGAGACGGUGGCGGCGUCGCCUGGACGCCAGAAGAAGGCCGACGGCGACGGCGAGAGCACUUAUGCGGCCACGACCGGGGAAAUCUUCGCUGACAGCAAGGACCCGCUUGAUGCUGCGGAGAAAGCAGAACAGGAGGAGACCGGGACUUCGGACAUCCAAUUCUAG